AUGCCCAAGGUCGACAGGCGCUCGAAGCUCGCAGAGCUUCGGGCUCUCCGAGCGGCCGGCAAGAGAGCCAACUACGAAGUCGAAGAGGUUGACGAGCUGUACGAGGAGGUUGACGAGAACCAAUACAAGAAGAUUAUCCGGGACCGCCUCGACCAGGACGACUUCGUUGUCGACGAUAACGGCGAGGGAUAUGCCGACGACGGCCGGGAGGAGUGGGAUCGCGCUCCUCAAUACUACUCGGACAGCGAGGAUGAGAUGCCAGUGAAGGGCCGAGGCAGGCCAAGCAAAGCAUCAAAGAAGCAGCGCGAGGACGAGGAAGCCAAGCGAGACGCCAACGACAGAGACAUUAGCGAAUACUUUACAAAGGGCGCCACCAAGGCCCAGGCAAAGCCAAAGGUUGCCAAAACAGAGGAAGACGACGCAUUCCUUGCCGAUUUGCUUGGCGAGGUCGACGCCAACAUUCCCGCUCCCGCCUCUCGCUCAGCCAAGCGCAACAGAUCUCCAGAACGACGACGAGCCCGCGUGCUCUCACCCGCUCCCGAGGCCAGACAACGUGUCACCAAGAGAACGAAGACCGUGGACGACAGAUUAUCAUCUCCCGCCAUCGACGACUUGGCAGCCGAUGAUGGCUAUCUCCCACCCAUGGGCGACGACAGGGACGACAGCCCAGCUCCGAUCACAGUGGAUGACGUUCCCAUGUCCGACCCCGCGCCAUCAUCGCCUGCUGCCAAGGUAGCGCAGCGCAAGGGCUUGGUUAAGCAAGAGCCCAAGGACGACGACGAUGAGGACAUGAUGGAGGUCGCCCACGCCGGUACGGUUACCGCUGCCAGCGUCAAUAUUGCGGGGUCAAGGCCACCGAAGAAGCUGGUAAAGCCCGAUCCCUACCCAACUCCUAUGAGUUCGUCCCCGGUCAAGCCCGCUGCCGCAGCAAUCGACUCGUCCGCCUGGAACAACAUCACAGACCAGCUUAACGUCGUCACAAGCUCUCCUGCGGAGGCUAGAACCGUCGGCAAGAUUGACUACAAGGACGCCAUCGAGGAAGACGGCAGCCUCAACAUGUUCUGGACCGAUUACACUGAGGUCAAUGGCAGUCUCUGCCUUUUCGGCAAGGUCUUGAACAAGAAGACUGGGCUGUACGUCAGUUGUUUCGUCAAGGUCGACAACAUCCUCCGCAAGCUGUUCUUCCUUCCCCGCCAAACAAAGGUACAAGGCGGCGAAGAAACAGGUGAGGAGGUCGAGAUGAUGGACGUGUACUCCGAGGUCGACUCGAUCAUGACCAAGAUGAACGUUGGCAUGUACAAGAUCAAGGCCUGCACCCGCAAGUAUGCAUUCGAGCUACCGGGGAUCCCAAGGAAGCCCAAGCCUGUCAUUGAUGGGUCGGCCACUGGUGAAACCUUCUCGCAUGUCUUUGGAACGAACACCGCGCUCUUUGAGCAGUUUGUAUUGUGGAAGAACAUUAUGGGCCCUUGCUGGCUGAAGAUUACCGAUGCCGACUUUGGUGCCCUCAAGAACGCCUCUCAUUGCAAGCUCGAGGUGCUGGUUGAGCACCCUAACAUGGUAUCGACACUCAACGAGUCUACGGACAACCUCGAUGCCCCGCCCCUGACCUUGAUGAGUCUGGCCUUGCGGACGGCCUUCAACGCCAAGGCUAACAAGCAAGAAAUCCUCGCGAUCAGCGCCCGAAUCUACGAGAAGGCAUCCUUGAAUGACACCACCCCAGCCGAGAAGCUCCCUUGCCGGACAUUCACCCUCAUCCGGCCUCACGGAACAGCGUUUCCUCUUGGGUUUGAAACACUGGCAAAGGAGCGGAAGAGAGGCCUCAUCAAGACUUUCCGCCAAGAGUCCGAGAUUCUGAUGUUCUUCCUUGCUCAGCUUGAUGUUGUGGAUCCGGACGUCAUUCUGGGACAUCAGCUGGAAGGCGUCGACUACAGUGUUCUGCUUAACCGUCUGCACGAGAAGAAGACUCACCAGUGGUCUCGUCUUGGCCGGCUCAAGCGCACGCAGUGGCCGGCUUCCAUGAACAAGGUGGGCGGCAACGUUUUCGCCGAGAGGCAGAUCAUGUCUGGCCGUCUGCUUUGCGACCUCGCCAACGAUGCCGGAAAGUCUGCCAUGUACAAGUGCCAGUCGUGGAGCUUGACGGAAAUGUGCAGUCUUUACCUGCCGGGCAACAACCUCAGGCAGGACAUUGACAACGAAGCGGCACUCAAGACCUGGGCAACUCAGUCCAAGGAGGGCAUGAUGAACUACGUAACCCAUAUGGAAACCGACACCCACUUCAUCACCGCGCUGGCUUUGCAGGUCCAACUCCUCCCCCUGACCAAGGUCCUUACCAACUUGGCUGGUAACUCUUGGGCAAGAACCCUCACCGGUACUCGUGCAGAGCGGAACGAGUACAUUUUGCUUCACGAGUUCCAUCGCAACAAGUACAUCUGCCCUGACAAGCAGACAUUCAGGGGCAGAAUGGCCCAGGAAGAAAACCAGGACGAUGAGGGUGAAGGCAAGAAGAAGGACAAGUACAAGGGUGGUCUCGUUUUCGAGCCCGAGAAGGGCCUAUACGACAAGUUUGUCCUGGUCAUGGACUUUAACUCUCUGUACCCCUCCAUUAUCCAGGAGUUCAACAUUUGCUUCACGACUGUGGACAGAUCCGCAAUGGAACAAGAUGAAGAUGCUGUGCCCGAAGUCCCUAAAGACCAGGACCAAGGAAUUCUGCCCAGACUCAUUGCCACGCUUGUCAGCCGAAGAAAGCAAGUCAAGGCUCUGAUGAAGGACAAGAGCGCGACGCAGGACCAGCUCGCCACUUGGGAUAUCAAACAGCUUGCGCUGAAGCUUACGGCCAACUCCAUGUACGGAUGCUUGGGAUACACCAAAUCCCGCUUCUACGCACGCCCCCUUGCCGUCUUGACCACGUACAAGGGUCGUGAGAUUCUGCGCAGCACCAAGGAGCUCGCCGAGAGCAACCAGCUCCAGGUCAUCUACGGAGACACGGAUUCCGUCAUGAUCAAUGCCAACGUCGAGAACGUAUCGGAUGCCUUCAAGGUCGGCCAAGAGUUCAAGAAGGCUGUCAAUGAGCGGUACAGGCUUCUUGAAAUCGACAUUGACAACGUCUUCCGUCGCAUCCUGCUUCAAGCCAAGAAGAAGUACGCCGCCAUCAACCUGGUCGAGAAGGACGGCAAGUACAUUGAGAAGAUGGAAGUCAAGGGUCUUGACAUGAAGCGUCGCGAGUACUGCGGUCUAUCCAAGGAGAUCUCCAGCAAGAUUCUUAAUGAGAUUCUUUCCGGCGACGAGACGGAAAAGUCUAUUGCCCGCAUCCACGAAUAUCUCACAGAGAUCUCCGGCAAGAUGCGCGAGCAGGCCAUCCCAGUCCAAAAGUACAUCAUCUUCACGCAGCUCGGCAAGGCUCCCACGGAGUAUCCCAACGCGGACUCGAUGCCCCAGGUCCAAGUCGCCCUCAGGGAGAUUGCCAAGGGAAAGAACGUCCGCCGCGGCGAUGUCAUCUCCUACAUCAUCACCGGAGACCCCCAGAGCUCCGACCCCGCCCCGAAGAGAGCGUAUACGCCGCCGGACGUCAUGAAGGCCGAUUCUGGCCUCUCCCCGGACGUCGAGUGGUACCUCGGCAAGCAAAUCUUCCCGCCGGUCGAGCGUCUUUGCGCGAACAUUGUCGGUACCUCGAGCUCUCGGCUUGCAGAGUGCUUGGGACUCGAUAUCCGCAAGUACAAGUCGGUCCAAGAUCAGCAACAGGGCGGCUCGAACAACGACGUCGAGAUCCACCCCCUGGAGUCGCAGAUCCCCGACGAUGUCCGCUUUGCCGAGUGUGCCCGCCUAUCCCUCCGCUGCCGCAAGUGCAAGGCCUCUUCGGCGUUCGAGGGCCUGCUGGCGCAGCCCGACCGCAUCUCGGCAUCGGGCGUGCUCUGCGGGUCCUGCGGUGCGAGCAUCUCGACUCUCUCGAUCGUGGCACAGCUCGAGCAUGCCCUCCGUACCCAGAUGGCACGGUACUACGAGGGUUGGCUGGUGUGCGACGAUUCGGCCUGCGGCACGCGCACGCGGCAGAUGAACGUCUACGGCACCCGCUGCCUGGGCCCCAAGGGUCUCGCCCGGGACUGCCUGGGCCGGAUGCGCUACGAGUACACAGAGAAGGCCAUAUACAACCAGCUCGUGUACUACGCCAGCCUGUGGGACGUUGACAAGGCCAAAGCCAAAGCCUCGGCCGAGAGCAGCAAUGACCUCUCGCGCGAAGACAAGGACAAGAUCCUCGCGAUGGCGGAACACAACCGCGUCCGCUUCGGCACGGUCAAGGGCGUGGUGGACAAGUACCUCGACAAGUGCGGCAGGCAAUGGGUCGCCAUGGACACUCUGUUCGCCAAGUUGGGCUUCAACAAGCUUAUUGCCGCGGCCGCAUAG